GGCACAGCGGCGGCGGGGAGCGGGCGCCGCAGCUGCCUCCGGGGCGGGGGCCGACGCCUUUGUGCCGAGGCCGCUCCCGGCUCCCGCCGCUGGGGGGCGGCCUGCGCCCCGCCAACGCCGACAAUAGCGGGAACGGUGGGCGCCGCGCGGGCCCGGAAACUUUUCCCUGGCGCUUUCGCCGCCGCUUCCCGCCCCGGAGCGCUGAGGGGGACGCGCCCAUCUGCGCCCGCGGCCGGUGCGCUUCGCCGGGGCCGCUGCGGCGGAACUGAGCCCAGAGAAGGGGGCGCGGGGCAGCAGCGCCCGGGGCAGCCCGCGGCGGGGGAGGCUGCGCCCGGGACCCCGACCACACGCGAGGCUUGGGCGCCCGGCCGGGAGCAGCACCGCGCCAUGGGAGAGGCGCCCAGCCCCGCGCCCGCGCUCUGGGACUGGGACUACCUGAACCGCUGCUUCGCCCGCCACCGCGUCUGCAUCUCCUUUGGCCUGUGGAUCUGCGCCUCCUCCUGCUGGAUCGCCGCCCACGCGCUGUAAUGGGGCCCGAGACCCGCGGCGCGAGGGGGGUGGCGGGUGGGUCUGCGGGGAAGUGGGCCCUGAGCCCCAGGUACUCCCGCUGGGAAACCUAGAGGAAAGGGCAGAACGGGGGGAUGGAGGAAGCAACCCCGUUCCAGGAUCAGAUCUAACAUUUCUCUGUAGACUGAAGUCGGACACUUCUUUCCGGAUUCCAUGCAUGGGGAAGCUGGGCUGUGAGCCAACAGGAGACGGCAGGGUGGUGCAGUGGAUGGGGCCCUGGCAGGACACCGCGAGUCCUGUGUUGUUGUCAGCCCUUCCCCCAUUGAUCCGUGGUGUGAGCUGGGCAAGUCCUAAAGCCUCUGUCUCUGCCUCAUGUGAAUGGGGGUGAUACCUGGAAGUAUGGAUGAGGUGAAAGAGUCAGGACCGGUAAGCACUUAAUCCUCUUAACUGGAAGAGGGGUGAUGAUGAUCUGAUUCUGGCCACAGUCUUUGCCUUGAUCUUCAAGCAUCUGGAGUGAUUUGCCCAGGUGGACACCAUGGUUAGAAGAGUGAAGUCUCCAGGUCUUCAGCCGCCCUGUCCUAGGCACAGAAAUCCACAAGCAGGGCCAAGUAUGGUGCCACCCAAGUAUUCCCUGGCACCAGAGAAAGGACCAGCAGUCCUGGGGGGAGGCUGAAACUGACUCACUUUAGCUCAAUGGAGAUUCCCCUCAGGCUUCCAUGGUGCUGCAUAAAUUCUGCAGCCCCACCACCCGGUGACUGGAAUACCAAUAAAGAGGCACUCAGAACAUUUACUGUGGGUUCAGUGUUGCAUUCAUUAACUGUGUGCAGUCCCUGCCACAACCCCAUGACAUGGAUACUGUUAUUACCCCCACUUUCAGUGAGGGUCCACGAGGUUCUGAGUGACAUGUGGGCUGGGUUAAGGUCAGCCCAAGUCCUUGGACCUGAGAUCUGGGGUUGUGGCUGAGAACAACAGGGUUCAGAGCAAACCUCCACAGUGAAGCCAAAGCCUCACUGUUAAGCUACCUCAUCUCCACAGGCCUCAGUUUUUCCUCUCUCAAAUGGGAGGAGGGUUGAAAUAAAUUUUUUCUACUUUGGAUCCAACUCUUUGAGAAUCUCUAAGAGUCUCUGCUUUUUGGUCUUGAAUUAUGUUCAGGAGCCCAGGGCCCGGAUUAAAGGUAGAUGUUCCCAUCGUGAGCGUCAGGCUUGGCUGCAGGUUGGGAAGUAUGCAGGAGCCCCAAAUCUAUCCUCAUCCAUGUCUGUCUCUCUAUUCUGAAGCUCAGAACCAUCCAAACCAUCCUGAGGGUGUGGAGUGAGGACCACUCUCUGGUUUAAGGAAAUGAAACCAGACCUGGAGUUGUGCCUCAGUUUCUCCUUAUAAAUGCAGUAGGGAGACAUCUAAAACAAAACAUUUCCAAGAACCCGUCCAUGCAGAGAGAGUGUACUUUGUCAUCUCUAACCUGUCAUGUUCCUGGGUGGCUGCAGAAUGGAGGAGGGCCACAGGGAGAGAAGCUACGGUGGUGCUGGGGCAAGGCAGCCCAAGGUGCCUACUCGCAGGAGUUUGCCUCUCUGCGGAUGAAGAACAAACUCGGCACUAGGCCACCCCACUGCAUGAACAGUCUAAAAAAAUUUCACCUUAAUUUUAGAGAAACAAGUUGCCUUUUAAAGAUAGGCAGUUAACCCUGCUCUGCAGUUUACUUCAGUGGUGGGUUAUGUUUCUAACUCUCCUGCUUCUAUUUCAAAAAAUAAAACCUGACAGCUAGUUUUUCAGUACUGAACAGGUGGGUUGUUAGAUGGCGUCAGCCUGAUUUGGAGGAGAAAGGUAAUUCUUCCUACAGAGGAGGGUGUUUCCACAUCUCCUGAGGUCUAGCUGCUGCCUCAGGCUUGUAGACCAGAGGCUCACAGUCUUUUGAUCUCUUCUGUCUGUAAACUAAGUUGCAAAGCACCUGCUAAAUAACGGGAGGAAGAUGUGCUCCAUAAGGAGGCAAGGUCACAGUUAUCCUUUACAGACACCUGUUUGGGCCUAUCCCCAAACUCAUGACUCCUGUGUUCUGUCUGCACCCCUGUCACCCUAGGCUUCUCUAUCUGAGAUGUGCAAAGAAGUCUGGACAGGGCCAGUCGGCACUGUGUGCUGCGUGCUGCCUCCUGACCAGUCUGUGCAACACCAUCGGGGCUAUUCUAGCCAGACAGCUCACCAUCCAGGUUUUCACUGGUGCCUACUUAGCCGCCAUUGACUUGCUGAACUUUAUAUUCAUUCUAUUCCCAGUCUGUGGACCCGAAGUCAAGUCCAGUUCAGAUCGUGGUGCCCGAGACAGGAAGAGGAGGCAGCGGCUCAGGGCCAGUGUAUUUGCCCUGGCCCUGCCACUGAGCCUGGGCCCAUGCUGGGUUCUCUGGGCCACUGUCCCAAAGGCUUCAGUGCCCGUCCGGGGGGCACAGAGGAGAUUGCUGGCGAGCCUGCUACAGGAAAAUACUGAACUCCUUGGCUACCUGCUGGGCAGCAUCGCUGCCGUGGGCUCCUGGGCUUCCCAGAUCCCCCCACUCUCCAGAAUCUGCCAGGGGAAGACGUUUUCCUCCAUCCACCUGUGGACCCGGCUUCUGUCGGCCUUGGCUGGCCUCCUCUACGCCUCGGCCAUUGUGGCCCAUGACCGGCGGCCCGAGUACCUGCUGCGGGCCAUACCCUGGUUCCUGACCUCCCUCGGCCGAGCUGCGCUGGACCUUGCCAUCAUUUUCCUUUCGUGUGUGUUGAAAAGCAAGAUAAGACGGGCCUUGGGAUUUGUCGCUGAAGCCAAAGAGAGCCCUGACACCCAAGCCCUUUUGACCUGUGCAGAGAAAGAGGAAGAAAACCAGGAGGUGCAGAACAAGGACAAGAAUUCAGAGUGGGUGCCUCUCACCACAAUGUCGCACCGCAAGUCGCUGAAGACAAUGGCAGCAAUCAGUCGCUACAUGGAGCUGACCAUUGAGCCCGUGCAGCAGGCAGGCUGCAGUGCCACCAGGCUGCCCGGUGACGGACAGACGACCAUUGGAGAUGCAGCCCUGCAGGAGCCCCCCUCUUACCCACCUGUUCAGGUCAUCCGGGCCCGAGUGUCUUCCAGCAGCUCCUCCGAAGUCUCCUCCAUCAACUCUGACCUGGAGUUCCUCAGAGUCACAUUGGAACAGCAUCCUUUCUCCAAAUCCAUCUGGAACGUGAGUGGUGGCUGCCAAGGCCUUUCCCACUGGUGGCCCUGGCCUUUGACAAGAGCUUGGGGAUGCUGGUUUAUGCCACGCCGCCUGUCACUUUUACACACCGUGAUUUCUCCUUUGAGGCCCUCUCCUUCUGAUCUGAGGAUGUUUCUAAAGUGAAGCUGUGUCAUCUUUAUAAAGGAAGCCAAUCUACUGUGGGUCACAACUUUUUUCUCAUCUAUCUAGUUCAUGAUAGGCCUGUUCAGACCUAAACAGAGAAGGGUGUGAGUAAACUACCCAGAGAAACCAGUCAUUGGGGAACAUUUUGCUACAAAAGCCUUGCCCUUGUGUCAGUACUCCAUGGCCUGUGAGCAUUUCCCCCAUCUCACAUCCAGUCCCCCCCUACACACACACACCAGUCCAGGAAGGAAGAGCAGUACAGGGAAUUUGGGGGGCAGAAACUGUUUGAUCCAGAGUAAGUGCUAUAUAACUAAUUACUAUGAACAUUAUGUGGGUUUAAAAAAGAAAUAGAGGUGCAUCUUACCAGGGUAUAUGUGAAACUUAGUAAAUGUAGAAUGUAAAUGUCUUUUUUUUUUUUUUGGCUGGGGCUGGGUUUGAACCCACCGCCUCCAGCAUAUGGGGCCAGCGCCCUACCCCCUUGAGCCACAGGUGCUGCCUGAGAAUGUAAAUGUCUUAACACAAUAACUAAGAAAAUGCCAGGAAGGCCAUGUUAACCAGUGUGAUGAAAAUGU